AUGGGAAAUUGCAUCACGGAUGGAAAGGCGCAGGUGCACCAUUACAACUCUCUGCCGUGCGAGGGGGAGAAAAGCACCGCCCAGGUGAAGGUUAGGAUGACGAUGAAGGAGUUCAAGGAUCUCGUCUCUCAGGCAGAGUCCCGGAAGUGCGACGCCGGCACCAUGGUCAUGGAGGGCAUCCGUCAAGGGAAGUGGCGAGCUGUUCAAUGUGGCGAUGCAGCCAGCGGUGGCAUCAGACGGGGUACGAGGGUUUUGGGGACCAUUCACGAGGAUUAGAGCAGACGACAGACAAUGACCUUGAGAGUGAACAGGUGCAAAGCCAGGUUCCGGUUUCUCCUGGAUUGUAGUUUCGGCCCUCGAUUUUAUUUGUUUCUGUUUUACAAUAGAAGACAGACACCCAUAGCGAUGUAACGUGAGACACUCAUACAAUUCAUCUAGCUGUGAUUCAGAUCUCUCUCUCUCUCUCGGUCGCGCGCUCUCUACCCUUCUCUUCUUGGCUAGUGCAACAAAAACGGCAUAAUGCUGUGAGGCAACUGGAGUUAAUCAAAAUGAUUAACCAUUGCCAAUGGUAUGCUUUUAGUAAUGGUCUUCGGCGGUAUUUGGGCAAAUGGUGCCGCCAGGGCAACGCAUAUUAUAUUAGUCCAAAGUUCGUAUAUGUCCCUUUAGGAUAAAACUUUGCUCACGAGCGACACAGCCAAGACCUUCCCCCUUCUCGCUCUGUAG